GUUUAGUUCAGGAUUGCUUUGGGAACAAGCACACGCGAGUGCGUGUGUGUAAGACACUUCUUAGAUUUAUGUUAUGCUUAUGGUUUGCUUAAGCGUUAACUCCUUCUGCCCCCUCGGAAGCCCGGUGCCCUCUCAUUGUCUGCCGGGACUUAAGGUCGGACCGGCCACCUCGCUUUGAUUACUUCCUGGUAGGGCCCUGGUGCCGACGCUGGUCUUUGUUUAUGAGCUUUAAGAUCACUGGCAGCUUGGGCUGUAGUGUAAAAUGUGACUAGUGUACAAGAAAUCAAGUUCAUUUGGAAUGCUGGAAGACGGUGGUACGGUCCAGCAGAGUGGUUUCUUCUCCUGGGUUGGCUUGGAGCUGGGAAGGUAGUUUAGAGAGUGCUUUAAUACUUUUGACAGGUUACUUCUUCAAAGGUGAUUAUGUUCUUGAAGCAACAUACAUACGGAGUGGCACAAAGAAAGCCCGUCCUCCAGGAUAAGGAUUAGAAGUAACUGCAGUUUUCCGGAGCUCCAAGACUGGUGGACUCUGAAAAUGAAAUGUCUAAAGCCCACUAAAUGGAGCCCAAACAGAUUGGCUUUAUGAUGAAUUGUUUUACAAGGAGAUACAGAACUCAGCAAGAUUAGGGGUGUGCAGGUCCAACAAAAGCCCCUGGGUCUGUUUGACUUGUUCAAGUGUCCACUGUGGAAGGGAAGUCUUAAAUGAAUAUCCUUUCAGUUUAAUGUUUCAGAAAAUAUGGUGUCUCAGCAGAUCUGAGGUAUGUGAACGGCCAUGCAAAAAAACAUUAUGAAGAUGCACAGAUCCCCUUACCCAACCAUAAGAGAUCCGAAAAGCAAGAGAAAGCGCAGCAUACAGUGUGUAUGGAUUGCAGUAGCUACAGCACAUACUGUUAUCGUUGUGACGAUUUUGUGGUCAAUGACACCAAGCUGGGCCUGGUGCAGAAAGUGCGAGAACACUUACAGAAUUUGGAAAACUCAGCUUUUACAGCUGACAGGCAUAGAAAAAGAAAAUUAUUGGAAAACUCAUCACUAAACAGCAAGUUAUUAAAAGUAAAUGGAAGUACGACUGCCAUUUGUGCCACAGGCCUUCGGAAUUUGGGCAACACGUGUUUCAUGAAUGCUAUCCUUCAGUCGCUCAGUAACAUUGAGCAGUUUUGCUGUUACUUCAAAGAACUGCCUGCAGUGGAGUUGAGGAAUGGAAAAACAGCAGGGAGGCGGACAUACCACACCAGGAGCCAAGGGGACAGCAACGUGUCUCUGGUAGAAGAGUUUAGGAAGACACUGUGUGCUUUAUGGCAAGGCAGCCAGACUGCAUUCAGUCCCGAGUCGUUGUUUUACGUUGUCUGGAAGAUCAUGCCUAACUUCAGGGGUUAUCAGCAGCAAGAUGCCCACGAAUUCAUGCGCUACCUUUUGGAUCACCUACACUUGGAACUUCAGGGUGGCUUCAAUGGUGUUUCCAGAUCAGCAAUUCUACAGGAGAAUUCUACUCUGUCUGCAAAUAACAAAUGCUGCAUAAAUGGAGCAUCAACUGUUGUCACAGCAAUAUUUGGAGGAAUUCUCCAGAAUGAGGUCAACUGCCUCAUCUGUGGGACAGAGUCGAGGAAGUUUGAUCCAUUCCUAGAUCUCUCUUUAGAUAUUCCAAGUCAGUUCAGAAGCAAGCGCUCUAAGAACCAGGAAAGCGGGCCAGUUUGCUCAUUACGAGAUUGUCUCCGAAGCUUCACCGACCUGGAGGAACUUGACGAGACAGAGCUGUAUAUGUGUCACAAGUGCAAAAAGAAACAGAAGUCCACCAAAAAGUUCUGGAUUCAGAAACUUCCCAAGGUGCUGUGCUUGCACUUGAAAAGGUUUCACUGGACAGCGUAUUUAAGAAACAAAGUUGACACGUACGUAGAAUUCCCGCUGCGAGGCCUGGACAUGAAGUGCUACCUACUAGAGCCAGAGAACAGCGGCCCAGAGAGUUGCCUGUAUGACCUUGCUGCUGUGGUGGUGCACCAUGGCUCUGGGGUCGGUUCUGGACAUUACACAGCAUAUGCAGCUCACGCAGGCCGCUGGUUCCACUUCAACGACAGUACUGUAACAGUGACUGAUGAGGAGACCGUUGGGAAGGCAAAGGCCUACAUUCUGUUCUAUGUGGAGCGUCAGGCCAGAGCUGGAUCAGAUAAACUUUAAUACCUCCUCUGACCACAAUUCAACUAUACCGGACAAACAUUUCCAACUUUCCAUAAAUACUUGAUCCAAGAGUUAAUUUCGUUAUGCACUUUUCAAUUUCCAGUUUGGGGUUUAGUUUGGUUGAUGGUAGUGACUUACUCAGUAUGGGCACCGACUAAUUUUUGUUGUUGUUCCACCAGAAAACCUCGGCAGGCAUUUGGAUUGGCUGCUUUAGUUGUAAUAACUCAGUUUUAUAUGUAGUUUCCAGGACUUAGUUCUGUUUGACUUUUUAUAUUAAUGUUUUCAGUUGUCACCAAGGCACAUGCUGAGAGCCACCCUACCUGCUGCCUUUCAUAGCUGCCGGCCAAGUCAGGGACUCCAAUGAGGAUUGUGUGCGCAGGACCUGUGGCCCACUGGUCUCACAGUGACUGCUCAGGAAUUCCUCUGACUGUAGGUGGUAGCUGAAGGUCAGUAGACCAGGCCAUUGCCACUGCCUGUGUCUCUGGGCUUCUGUUUCUCAGAGUUAAAUAAAUCUGUCAGUUCUGUCGCA